AUGCCUGCGGAAUCCGAGAGGCCGCCUUACUCCAACGGUGACUCUGGUCGAACCAGAGUCCGAGAUGCGGAGAUGGCUCCGGGUACCGCGCAUCGGUCGGCCAGGGAAGAUAUGACAGAGCUACCACACUCGGUCAUGAAAUCCCAAAGUCAGCCCAUGUCCCAAGUGCCUAAGCUCACUUCCAAUCUUCCUACUUCCUUCUCGCCCUCUACUACCAACUCUGCCGUUUCCUCCCGCGAGUCCUCCCCGACCCGAACCUCGCGCACUUUCAAUUCGUCAACGACCAGUCGAGUACACUCCCAAUCUCGACGAAGCAGCCAAGACCGAAACAGUCCAACCCGAUCGUCUUCCAACAGCAACUCGUCGGGUAUACCUAUACAGUCUUUCACCUCCUCCCCUGUCUUGCGUGCAGCUGCGCAGCUUAACAACGCGCCCAUAUUUUCACCUCCCCCUGCUCCUGACCCUCCGGCCAAUGUUCUCGGUCCCGAAAAGCCUAACAUGCCGUCAUGGACGGGUAAUCGUCGUACGGAACAGGAUUCGACUCCUCCAAACACUUCCCUCAAGAGAAUCGCCUUGCCGCCGCCCGAGGAACAUGGAAUGGUCGAGCGAAGUACACCUCGAGUGGUCACUAGGGGUGCAAGUGGACAAGGGCCCUCCCUGGAGACAGUUGAGGAGAUGGCUAGUAAUCCCUCGACGCCUUCAAGUGAUACAGCCCUUAAACCCGUGACCCCAGAGGACUCUCGCUUACGCACGAUUGAAGAAGACCUAACCCCUCGGGCCUCAAAACAAUUUAUCGAUAGCGGCAGUGAGAGUGGCGACACACGCAGCUCUGAAAUGACUGAAGAGGGACGUCCACAAGCUACCGAGGGUACCAAGCCCACCAGAACACUCAUGCCGCAGCGUUCAACAACCUCGCUAAGUGCCGGUGCACGUGGGAAGCCUGCAGAUGGCUCGGUGCGUAACAUGAUUGUGGAGACUGAGACUGUGAGCUCAAUACCACAGGUCUCUUUGGGUGUUGGGGCUGGCGAACGUGGAAAUACUGGUCGCAUCGAACAGGGUACUCUCAAGAACAAGAAGUCGACGGAUACAGUGAGGGCGCCAGUGGCACGCAGCAAUCCUCAAAAGCGAAAGCGAAGACCAAAUGCCCUUCAGACUGGUCCUACAUCAAGCAAGGCUGAUUUCUUCGAGGCCAAAGUUGCUAGUGCCGUGGAUGAGGCAGAUGUAUCAGAUUCUGACGAGACAUUUGUCUACGAGUCGAAUCCGAUCGAUUAUCCUCCACGACGAUAUCACUCUCGGACACCAAGUGCGACCUCGAUGGCCAGCCAGGUAGAUCAGCUGGCUGGCCGUAGCCGCCUGCGCGAUGGCGCCCAUAAUCUUACCGUUAGACGCAGCAUGAAGUUCACCAAUAAUACUUAUAACAGCAGCUUGGACGGUGAGGCAAUGGAAGCAGACGGUCGAUCUGCCUCCAGGGUAGAUGGUAGCGGAACAAUCACUCCGCGGCACCAUAUUGCGCACCAUAAUCGCACGGGGGAGCACCGAAAUUCAAUCUUUGAUACUGAGAGUGUCUUCAACCAGCCUCAAAGUCAAAAGUCGCCCCGUCAUUUCAUUAGCGGGCCCCGUCAUCAUUCAAGAAACACCACCACGCAAUCGUCGCCAAACUACAAGACCAUGAAUAAGUCUAAGAAGGCGGGCGACAUUUACGGAUACGACUUUGAUGCUGAAGGAGCUGACGACGAGCGAACUCCUUUGGUCCGUCCACCACGCAGUAGUCGUAGUGACCGGAACAGUCGACGACCCGGGGGUAGCUCGCGGCAGAUUGAGUAUAUCGCCCAGCGAGAGCGUGGGUACUUCUCACAAUUUGGCUCUUGUGUGGUGAUCAUUAUGUUAUUCCUCAUGAUUGCUGGCGGUGCGACAUCGUUCUUCAUUGCUGCUACCAAGUCACUCCUGGAUGUUCAGAUUGUUGCCAUUCAAAAUGUCCUCGCAUCCGAGCAAGAAAUCAUGUUGGAUCUCAAUGUGUCAGCGAUCAACCCAAACAUCUUCCCUGUGACGAUCGAUGUCGCCGAGCUCAAUAUUUUUGCCAGAAGCCAGCAUGUCGGAACUGACAAGCUUUGGCGUGAUCAUGGAUCAGACGAGCUUGCUGGGUUUCCUCGAGUGAAAGAAAGCCGACGCCGGUGGCAAUUUUCUCAGAUUGUCCGAUGUCUUGGGAAUAUGGAUUGUGUUGAGGAGGCUGGUCAUUCCAAGUCGAAAAAACCGGAGCACAGCGAAGAUGGUAUCGAUGAGGGUACCGAUCCUAUCAAGGAUCCCGAUCAUGAUAUCCAGACCAUGUUGCUUGGCCGUGUCAUGACCUUCGAUUCCCCACUCUCUUUUCCGGCAUCUCCUUGGAGUGGCGACGCAGCUACUUCCAAAGGUCAAAUUCGUCUACCUCAACCCGGCAACAAGACUGAAGAGGGUGGCACUGAGCGUUGGGAGCGAGUUCUUCAGCACCCAUUCGAGCUCAUCGUUCGAGGUGUUAUCAAGUACCAAAUUCCACUCAGCUCUCGCUAUCUCUCCGCGCCGAUCAGCUCAAGCGUCAAGUAUGUGCCUGACGACGAAAUUCAUGAGCCAAACACCCCUUCGAGCAAUGAAACUGCUCAUAUCAACGACAUUGAAACACCUUCCUCUUCCGAGCCUCUCCGCCUUGCGGACCCUGAUCCCCAACCGGAACUUCGGUCGGGGUUAUUUAAACGACAGUUCACGGCCUAA